AUGGUAAGUAAGUACUAUUCUAACGUUAGCCAAUUGGUUACCGCUAAAUGUCUGACUUUUUGUGUGAUUAUUUUGUUAGCCAGGUAACUAGUUAGCAAGACAGUUAUUUUACUUAGUAAGAUGAGCAUGCUAUCUUUUUUAUGCUAUCUUGCUAAUCAGCACAGUAACGUUAGCCGCAGUUGUUCACUUGCUUCUGGCCAACUAACGUUAACAAUAUGGAUGUACUUAAUGUUAAAACAGGGUAACUGAAAGGGUAGUUACCUGUACACAUCACAAGUAGGAAGCUUGCCAGCCUUCAUUAUCCCUAAAAUCUAGCUAGCUAGCUAACGUUAGCAUAUAAGGUGAUGGUGACAUGUCUAUUUAGCAGGUGAUCAAGACUCUAACAUAACCAAAACAUUCGACUCCUAUUUCAACCAUUCUCUGCAUUACAUAGGUUAUCACUGUAAAAUAUGACUUGACAAGACUUGGUAUUAUCAGAUACCUGUGUUUUUGUUUCGCUUUUAUUUCCUCAGUGAAUGUGAAAUGGGGAAAGGAGAAGUUUGAUGCCAUAGAGCUGAACACAGAAGAACCUCCCAUGGUCUUCAAGGCUCAGCUCUUUGCCUUGACAGGGGUACAACCAGAGAGACAGAAGGUUAUGGUCAAGGGAGGCACACUCAAGGUAAAGUUGCUGUCACGUUUUAGUUUACAAUUAAUGAAUGUCAUCAGUUGGACCACAGGUAAUCAAUACAUGAAUUAUUUCCAAAGAUAAUAAUCAUUUGUAUAUAUUUUUAGGAUGAUGACUGGGGAAACAUCAAAUUGAAGAAUGUAAGUAUAGUCUAAGAGUUUUCAUGUUAUUAAAUAUUUAAUCAUUAAAAAAAGUUUUGUCACAUACACUGGAUAGGUGCAGUGAAAUGUGUUGUUUUACAGGGUCAGCCAUAAUAGUAUGGCGCCCCUGGAGCAAAUCACAUUUUAUUGGUCGCAUACACGUAUUUAGCAGAUGUUAUUGCGGGUGUAGAGAAAUGCUUGUGUUCCUAGCUCCAACAGUGUAGUAAUAUCAAACAAUACACACCAUCUACAAAGUAAAAGGCUGGAAUUAAGAAAUAUUAGGACGAGCAAUGUCAGAUGGGUCAAUGACGAAUAAGGCUUUCAAAAUGGGAAAAAAUAAAUGUGUUAAAUGUUAAUUAAAGUUCUUUGUACAUUCAUUAGUGUUGUUGAAAUAUAUAUACAUACACCAUUUUUAGUCACCGAGAAUUAAAUCCAUGCAUUUUAAUUUUGCAUCAUAUUAUUUCUUGCAUGAAUAAUGUCCUUCAGUGUAACAAUAAUGGAUUUUCUAAUUAUUUGAUUAUUUACCAGUAUUAUCAUUCAGCUGUUUAUAGAUAGUAUUUUUUUUAUCUCAACAAACAUGUACUACUUUGAAAAUCAAAAUUGCAUCAUAAUUAUUAAUAUACAUUUUGUAUUUUCUCCUAACGUGAGCUCAUUUGUUGAUUUUAGCAUCCAAAAUGUCAUGCUCAAAAGGAUAAAUGUUUUUUUGUAAAGGGGUAGAGAUUAUUGUAUCCUCAGUUUGACAAAACUAAAUUAUGUAAUAUGACGUGAAAAACCUGCCUUACACCGUCUGACUGGCAUCGUUAUACCGAAUGACAUACUGAGAUUCCACAUUGGAUUAUCCUUAAAGACUGUUUCAGCAACAAAGAUGUACUUAUUACAUACUAAAUAUAAAAUGAGAGACACUGGCAAUCAGAUGUAUUUAUUGUAAGGUAAAUGGAGAAAAGGCAUAUGAACAACUACCUCAUUGUCACCGAUGAUUUCCUUAAGAUUUUGGCACUUCUCAACUUGAUGAAGCCAGAUGAAAUGGUGCUUGGCGUGCAGGUUGAGUUUUUGAUUCAGGAUUCUGUUCAGAUCCUGCCAUGUUCCUGUCUUUGUUUUUUCCACAAAGUUUGUGAACGUCUUUUCUUCAUUGCUGGUCUUCUCUCUUUUCCACUAUUGCCAUGUGGUGUUCACUUCAGGCAGAGCUAGUUCUACCUCACUGUAAGAGCUUGUUGCUCAGGGUGCUCCUCAAGAUUUUCACCAUCCAUGGACACUAGUGAGGUUCAUCACAGCAUGCAUCUGCCUAAAUGUUUCCCUCUGAGUCACUUAACUGCAUGACCACUAUAAUACCUUGCUUUCCUGCUCAGAAGCCACUCUUCCCUAACUUGAGAAUCUGAGUUCUUCCGGGCCCUGAACGUGCAGCCCUCUCUUUGUUGGAUAGAGGCAUCUAUAAGGACAGAUAUUUCCUCCACAUCAAAACUGUUCUGAUAGAGCAUGAAUAAAACAUUAUGAUAAUAAUUAAGUGCUUAUGACUUGAAUAGGUCACUUCACAAAAACCAAAUAAUAAUGACCAUGUUGUCAUUACUUUUGUUUUUCACAAUGUAAUAAAUAGACAAAAUAUACCUUAACACACACAAAUACAUAGAUAUAUUAUUAAUAAAACAUACACUUAUACACUACAUUCCCUAAAAGCUUAAGAAUAGAAAAACUAUGUCAUGCGGAGUAAUGAAUAACGUUGUGGUGUAACAGUUAUACAGAAUUACAUAAUCGUUAAUCUGUAUGACAAAAAAACAGUUUGAAUUUAUUCUACAGGCAAUGGCUUGGCCACCUAUGAAAAAACUAUUACCUUGAUCUACAGGUUUUUAAUGUUAUCUUUCACAUCAAAUAUGCCAUUUUAAAAUAUAACAACAUUAUAUAUGUUUUUUUAAGCAUUGUACAGUAUGACACAGGAUUAUAUAUCAUAGUCCACCAGUGACCGAAAAGGUGAAAUUAUCAACAUUUUAGGAGAGACUUACUGACCUUUCUGCACUGUGUGGGGGUCCUUCUGAAUCUUCUUUCCGAUGCAAUAUCCUGUCAUGUGGCAAUGGCAAAGCAUUAUGGUCUGAAAUGGCUCAUGAGUGUCUGUUAUACUGAAUAACAUUGAAAGAAAUCCCAAUGUAGGGACAAACGUUUUUCAAGCAUAAAAAUGUAAUAAAGUGUAGGAUCCUCACCAUUAUUUUUGAUUUAUCAAUACAGAUACCCUCACAAUUAUGCCAGAGGAGUUUAUUAGAUUUUGAUAGUUUUCUUUGGCGCAUUUUUGCAUAUUCUUUGGUACUUCUGAGCUCUAUAGCGCCCUAAAUUCCCAUUAUUCAUAAUGAAUGUUCUUAUAAGCUGAUAAAUAGGGGAAAGUUAAGUCUUAUAAUGCAGUGUUUAUAAAAAUAUAUAUAUUUUUACAAUACUGUAAAUAUGCUUCGGAUGCCAUAAUGGACACGUCACAUCUUUGAUGGGAUGUAUAGACAUUAUGGACGGUAUAUGGAUAGAUUAUAUAGUAUAUCUGAAGAAUACGUAGGAUAGAAUAGUAUAUGUACAGCAAUAGUUAAAUAGGAUAGGCCCCUCACAAUAGUACAGUAUAUACAUAUGAAGUGGGGAAAACGGUAUGUAAACAUUAUUAAAGUGACCAGUGUUCCAUGUCUAUGUACAUAGGUCAGCAGCCUCUAGGGUGUUCCAUUAUUGAAGUGACCAGUGUUCCAUGUCUAUGUACAUAGGUCAGCAGCCUCUAGGGUGUUCCAUUAUUGAAGUGACCAGUGUUCCAUGUCUAUGUACAUAGGUCAGCAGCCUCUAGGGUGCAGGGUUGAGUAGCCGGCUAGUGACAGAGACUAAAGUUCAGGGCAGGAUACUGGGCGGAGGUUGGCUAGUGGUGACUAUUUAACAGUCUGAUGGCCUUGCAAUAGGUCCCAGCUUUGAUGCACCUGUACUGACCUCGCCUUCUGGAUGGUAGCGGGGUGAACAGGCCGUGGCUCGGGUGGCAGAGGUCCUUGAUGAUCUUCUUGGCCAGUUGGGCAGACCGCACCACCCUCUGGAGAGCCCUGCGGUUGCGGACGGUGCAGUUGCUGUACCAGGUGGUGAUACAGCCCGACAGGAUGCUCUCAAUGGUGCAUCUGUAAAAGUUUGUAAGGGUCUUAGGGGCCAAGUCGAAUUUCUUCAACCUGCUGAGGUUGAAAAGGCGCUUUUGCGCCUUCUUCACCACACUGUCUGUGUGGACCAUUUCAGAUUGUCAGUGACGUGUACGCCGAGGAACUUGAAACUUUUCAGCUUCUCCACUGUGGCCUCGUCGAUGUGGAUGGGGGCGUGCUCUCUCUGCUGUCUCCUGAAGUCCAUGAUCAGCUCCUUCGUUUUGUUGGGAGUACAGGAGGAGGCUGAGCACCCACCCUUGUGGGGCCCCUGUGUUGAGGAUCAGCGUAGUGGAGGUGUUGUUGCCUACCUUCACCACCUGGGGGAGGCCCGUCAGGAAGUCCAGGACCCAGUUGUACAGAGCUGGGUUCAGACUAGUGAUGGGUCAUGCGCACAAGCAUCGGCUCUGAGAGCCGGCUCUUUGUAGUGAAUCAGAAGAGCCGGCUCGCAUCGAGUGAGAGCCGGCUCCCAGUUUUUUGCCCAUUCGCUGCUUAGGUUUCACUUUCACAGAGGUCUGUUAUGAUUGGCCAGCAUGGCGACCAGCAUGCGGCAUUCACGUGAGAAUUAAGGAUGUGUAAACAGAGAGGGGGCGGGGCAGACACACCACUUGACUCCACUGCAAGUGAAGAGAGAGACAGAGCGGACUGAGGAGCGUGUGUGCGUCUUGCAUUGUCGUGUCGUUUAACUAUGAGUGACACUAGAAAGCGAAGCAGCAUCUGGCUGCAGUUUAAAGAUAUUGGGAACAAGAAAGCAGAGUGCCUUCACUGCAAAACGAAGGUCACUAUAAGAGCAGGUUCCACCACAAACCUGCAUAGACAUACAAGAACUGUCCAUCCUACAGUGCAGUUAGAGGAGAGAGGGCAAGCCAGCUCACCAUCUACUGAUCCUGGUGUGUCUCAUACCAGAACAACAGCUGCUGUAACGUCUACUGCCAUCCCCAUGCGUGCAAGUAUAACCUCUCCUACUGCAACUCAAAGCAAAAUAAGUCAGUUUUUACCUAAACUGAUGACCCCAGCCAAACAGCACAGUAUUGAUGAUGAGUUGGCUAAAAUGGUAGCUUCUGAUUUUCAACCCUUUUCCAUUGUGGAGGACAAAGGAAUGAAAAACUUUGUCAAAGCCCUAAAUCCCACAUACACUCUACCCAGUAGAAAAACACUUUCCCAAACAAUGAUCCCAAAACUAUAUGACACAGAACGUGCAUUAUGGCAAGAAAGGGUGACAAAAGCUCCAUCAGUUUGCCUGACAACUGACUGCUGGACCUCCAGAACAACCUGCUCUUUCAUGUCUGUCACUUGCCACUUUAUUGAAGAUUACAAGAUGACAUCUUGCCUUCUGGACUGCUUCGAGUUCACCGACAGACACACUGCAGAAAACUUGGCAGUGGAGCUACUAAGAGUGGCAAAAGAGUGGCAAGUAGAGGACAAAGUGGUGUGCUGUGUGAGUGAUAAUGCUGCAAACAUCACCAAAGCCAUAAAAGUUUUGAAGUGGACCCAUCACCCAUGUCUGGCGCAUACACUAAACCUGGUGGUUAGAGAUGCUCUGAAGGUGAUCAAAACAACCGUGGAUAAGGUGAAGGCUGUUGUGGAGUUUUUCCACAAAAGCACAGUAGCAGCACAGAAGCUAAAGUCCACACAGCGCCAAAUGGGGAUUCCUGAACUGAGGCCCAAACAAGAGUGUGCCACCAGGUGGAACUCAACAUUUGAUAUGUUGAAACGAAUGCUUGAAAUAAAAGAUGCCAUCAUCUCCACCCUGGCCCUCAUCAACGCAUCUAUUGAGCCAUUAAGCCAAGAGGAAUGGGAGCUGGUGAAAGAGGUCUGCGCCGUCCUGCAACCAUUCCAGGAGGUGACUGUGGAGAUAAGUGCAGACAGGUACCUAGAACCAUUGAAGCAUUGUUUUCUCUACUACUAUUCAGUCACUAUUAUACAUUGCAAACACAACACAUACAGUAUAAUGCAUCACGUAUAAUAUGCCACAUACUUUUAAAAAACUAAAUUCUAAAAGUUGCUGUUUUCUCUCCUUCAGCUAUGUCACAGCCUCGAAAAUGCUCCUGCUUUGCAAAGGUCUGCAGCUGGUGACAGCCGAGAACCAAUGGACAGUAACUGUGCAGAAAGUGAAGGAAUUAGUUGCAGCUCUUUGUUCAGCCAUGGACCGCAAAUUUCUGCGGAUGGAGUACAACACUGUCCUUUCAGAAACUACCUUAUUGGAUCCAAGGUUUAAAAAACUUGCCUUCAGUGAUCGUAGAGCUGUUGAUGAAGCUCUUCAGAGGAUUAGUGCAGCAGCAGCAGCAAAAUGCACCCCCAGCAGCCAGCCAGCUCCACCAUUACAGGGCCAAGUGGAGGAGGAGCAGCAAACCUCUGCUGUUUGGAGGCUUUUUGAUGACAGAGCUACAGGAGAUGCUUCAAGGAGAAAUCCGACAGCUGAUGCUAUAAUGGAGGUGAGGAGCUACCUUGAGGAGCCCCUCAUCCAGAGAGCAGAAGACCCACUGAGCUGGUGGCAGGCCAAGGCCUCAGUCUUUCCACUCCUGGUGAAGGUGAUGGAGGGGAGACUAUGUAUUGUUGCCACAUCAGUUCCUUCUGAGAGAAUCUUCUCCAAAACAGGGCAGAUACUCACGGAGAGGCGAAAUCGUAUCAGGCCUAUCAGCCCAUCCAAGCUGAGGCAUCUGAUCUUCCUGAAUGCCAACCUGCCCUGAGGACUAAUGCUGUUUGCUGGAGUUUGGUUCUGGUUUUGAUUCUGUUCUGUGGAUUUGUUUGAAGUUUAUUGUUAAUUUGUGCAAUAAAAAAGUUUAAUUGAAAUAAACAAAUGUAAGAGUGGUUUUGUCACAGAAUAAAUGCACAGAAUUAGGCAUUAUAAGGUCUCUCAUAAAAACACUGAAAGCAAAAGGGUUUUCAACACAUAAACCAUGAUUUUUUUUCAAAGUUAAGGUAAAAUAUAGGCUACAAAAGAUCCUAAAUAAAGAGCCGUUCGGGAGUCGAAAGAGCCGGCUCUUCUUUGGGAGCCGAGUCAAAAGAGCCGGCUCUCAGAAAAGAGCCGAACUUCCCAUCAUUAGUUCAGACCCAGGGCCCCAAGCUUAAUGAUGAGCUUGGAGGGUACUAUGGUGUUGAAGGCUGAGCUGUAGUCAUUGAACAGCAUUAUUACAUAGGUAUUCCUCUUGUCCAAAUGGGAUAGGGCAGUGUGCCUUGCUAAAGGGCACAUCAACAGAUUUUUCCAGAUUAUUUCCUAUCUGUAAUGGCUAUGACGAUACCAGUAUCGCAAUAUUUUUUCCAUGGCAAUAAUGAAAACACGAAGCAGUCAUAACUAUUUGGUCCUUUAAAAACCUGCUGUAUGUAAAAUAUUGUGUGCUAUAGCUUGAAAAAUAAAUACAUGUGACACUGGAUGACAACAUAAUGAUGUUUGUUUCCAACAUUAGGGCUAUUUUCCUAAAGAAGUCAAAUCUGCUUUGUGUUUUGUUUCCUUGCCACAAGACUAUCGAGUAUCGUGAUACAGGUGUCGUCCCGGCCCUACUAUCUAUUUCAGUAUUGUGCAAAGUAGGCUAUGAUAUAUUGGCUGAUUUCAUUGUCAUUUUAGUGGACCUGUUUUGGGGUGGUGUUAUGAUGCAUGUUAUCUAACCUAAUAUUGCAGGGCGGUCGAUUUUAUUUUCUUCAUUGAUUACCAUCGCCAGAUAUCCUAUGGUACGCAAUGUGACAUGAGAUACUUUUCCUCCUCCCCCCCCCCCCCCACAGGGGAUGACUCUGUUGAUGAUGGGCUCAGCAGAGGCCCUGCCCGAGGAGCCUGCAGUCAGGCCCAUGUUUGUAGAGGACAUGACAGAAGACCAGCUGGCCUCAGCCGUGAGUUAAUGUUUACUAGCUGGCUUUUAAUAGCUAUGUCGAGGACUGUUUUCUAGCUUGCUCUCAGGGCCAGUGUCUAGUCUACUCUCUGUUGGUCUGGAACUGUAUGAUAUGUUCAGGCUAUGCCUUGCACAGUAGUGCUAUGAACGGACACAGAUGUCUGUCAUUUCUACUAGCCCUGAUCGAAAUUGAGAUUGUACAAUGCAUGACUUACUCGUUGGAAGUGUUUUUGUUUAAACGUAAACGAUGCUGGCUGGGUUUGCCAGCGCAGGCAGUCAUAGAGAAACUAACCCAAUUUUGCUUGUUGUCUGAUCCGAUGUGUAGAUGGAGAUGCCUUGCGGACUGACCAACCUGGGCAACACCUGCUAUAUGAACGCUACAGUGCAGUGUCUUCGCUCCGUGCCAGAGCUCAAAGGAGCCCUCAGAAGGUGGGCCCUUGAAAUUGCAUUAACUCCAAUCUGUGAUGAUGCAAGCAACGUCUGUCGGAUCUAUAGUGUUGAUGAUAAAAUGGGUUUCUUAUUCACUUGAUAUCUACUCAAUGAUACAACUGAUUAUUCGAUCACACAGGCUACAUUAGAGUUGGGACGAUAAACCAAAAAUUACAGACAACAACAUUGCCUUCAAAUCAAAUCAAAUCAAAUUUUAUUGGUCACAUGCGCCGAAUACAACAGGUGCAGACAUUACAGUGAAAUGCUUACUUACAGCCCUUAACCAACAGUGCAUUUAUUUUAAACAAAAAAAGUAAGAAUAAAACAACAACAAAAAAAGUGUUGAGAAAAAAAGAGCAGAAGUAAAAUAAAGUGACAGUAGGGAGGCUAUAUAUACAGGGGGCUACCGUUGCAGAGUCAAUGUGCGGGGGCACCGGCUAGUUGAGGUAGUUGAGGUAAUAUGUACAUGUGGGUAGAGUUAAAGUGACUAUGCAUAAAUACUUAACAGAGUAGCAGCAGCGUAAAAAGGAUGGGGUGGGGGGGCAGUGCAAAUAGUCCGGGUAGCCAUGAUUAGCUGUUCAGGAGUCUUAUGGCUUGGGGGUAGAAGCUGUUGAGAAGUCUUUUGGACCUAGACUUGGCACUCCGGUACCGCUUGCCGUGCGGCAGCAGAGAGAACAGUCUAUGACUAGGGUGGCUGGAGUCUUUGACAAUUUUGAGGGCCUUCCUCUGACACCGCCUGGUAUAGAGGUCCUGGAUGGCAGGGAGCUUUGCCCCAGUGAUGUACUGGGCCGUACGCACUACCCUCUGUAGUGCCUUGCGGUCAGAGGCCAAGCAGUUGCCAUACCAGGCGGUGAUGCAACCAGUCAGGAUGCUCUCGAUGGUGCAGCUGUAGAAUUUUUUGAGGAUCUGAGGACCCAUGCCAAAUCUUUUUAGUCUCCUGAGGGGGAAUAGGCUUUGUCGUGCCCUCUUCACGACUGUCUUGGUGUGUUUGGACCAUGAUAGUUCGUUGGUGAUGUGGACACCAAGGAACUUGAAGCUCUCAACCUGUUCCACUACAGCCCCGUCGAUGAGAAUGGGGGCGUGCUCAGUCCUCUUUUUUUUCCUGUAGUCCACAAUCAUCUCCUUUGUCUUGGUCACGUUGAGGGAGAGGUUGUUGUCCUGGCACCACACGGCCAGAUCUCUGACCUCCUCCCUAUAGGCUGUCUCAUCGUUGUCGGUGAUCAGGCCUACCACUGUUGUGUCGUCGGCAAACUUAAUGAUGGUGUUGGAGUCGUGCCUGGCCAUGCAGUCAUGGGUGAACAGAGAGUACAGGAGGGGACUGAGCACGCACCCCUGAGGGGCCCCCGUGUUGAGGAUCAGUGUGGCAGAUGUGUUGUUACCUACCCUUACCACCUGGGGGCGGCCCGUCAGGAAGUCCAGGAUCCAGUUGCAGAGGGAGGUGUUUAGUCCCAGGAUCCUUAGCUUAGUGAUGAGCUUAGAGGGCACUAUGGUGUUGAAUGCUGAGCUGUAGUCAAUGAAUAGCAUUCUCACUGCUGUAGUCAAUGAAUAGCAUUCUCACUGCCUUUUGCCUUCUUACCGAUGGUCUUCUUACCGAUGGUCAGUAAUUUUGUUACACAACGUUCCUGCAAAUCUUUUUUGUUCAUAAACCAUUCUUUGGUCAUCAGUAAUAGCCUAUGUGUUACGUUGAAUCCUGCUAUGAAAAUAUCUGCCUGUCCGUGUUUCGCUGGCUUUACUCUUACUUAUUAACCCUCUGUCUCCCUCUACAGGUAUGCAGGUGCUCUGCGGUCCUCAGGGGCCAAUGCACCAUCACAGUACAUCACAGCAGGUCUGGCAUUUCCCUUUCUGUCUGUCUGUAUGUUGUUUUCAUAUUAUGCUGCCACUGCCUUUUGUUAUCUGCUAGUGUAGAUGGUAAUAGUAUGACUCUGUGAGUCAGGGCAUGGUGCUGGCUACACCAGCAUUGUGGGCCACAUACUAUGAACUGCUUUGGAUAAAAGAGGCGUCUGCUAAAUGAUCAUUGUAUUCCCCUUCUUCAGCCCUCCGUGACCUCUACGAGACCAUGGACAAGACUUCCUCCAGCAUACCCCCCAUCAUCCUGCUGCAGUUUCUGCACAUGGCCUUCCCCCAGUUCGCUGAGAAGGGAGACCAGGGACAGUACCUCCAGCAGGUGAGACCAGGGCCCCUGGCUGGCACCAGUCACUCACUCACCGUCAGAAGAUUCCGCUUUGCUAUCCGUGCUUGGUACUGCACAUCCUAUACUCCAAUGAACCGCAUUGAUUGCUCAAUUUUAAGUAGUAGUUUUUGUUUAUACUGAAAGUGGUCUGAAGAGUAGAAAUGGGCUUCAUUUGUCAAUUUCUGCCCCUCUCUAGGAUGCCAACGAGUGCUGGUUGCAGAUGAUGAGGGUCCUUCAGCAGAAGUUGGAGGCACAAGACUCAGAAACUCCCAUGGAGGUAUGUGUAUAAGCAAGUAUGUAAGCUGUCAAGGUCGUUAUAGAGGUGAAAGUCUAUCAAGGUCGUUAUAGAGGUGAAAGUCUUCUUCUUCUUCAGACUGAGAGUGAAGCUGACAAGAAGAACUUCAUUGACCAGUAUUUUGGAGUGGAGUACGAAACCACGUAUCCUUGCAGUCUGAACAUGAGUAUAUGAUCUAUUAGGGAAUGGAGUAUGGCCUCCACAUACCUUUGCUCUCUCCUCCCAAGAAUACGUCUCUUAUCUCUCUCUCAGUUCCUUCCUUAACCUUCUCCACAGUAUGAAAUGUACAGAGUCUGAGGACGAGGAGCCAGCCAAAGGUAAAGAGAGCCAGCUCCAGCUCAGCUGUUUCAUCAACCAGGAGGUCAAGUACCUGGCCACCGGCCUCAGGCUGGUGAGUAGUACCAAGCAACACACAUUCACAGACAUUCACAAUCACACACGCAGGAAUAUGCACAGGAUCACACAGACUCACACACACAUGCACAGGAAGACACACACAGAUGCGCGGGCACACACACCAUAAUGUCUCGAAGGGGGUCUGUCACCAUGGCAACACUGAUCUAAUCCCAUCAUGUCUCUGUUUCUUUCUAUUCAGAGACUGCAGGAAGAAAUCACCAAGCUAUCUCCAUCUUUGCAAAGAAAUGCCAUGUACAUAAAAUCUGUAAGUGUGGCAUGGGCCCCUAAGAAUUUCAUAAACCACUGAGAUGGUGUGAAAUUUGUUUUAUUGUUAUGUCCUUUUAGUUGGUUGGUUCACUUUGUCUCCCUUUCUUCGUCUAGUCUAAAGUCAGCCGCCUCCCUGCCUACCUAACCAUUCAGAUGGUUAGAUUUUUCUACAAAGAGAAGGAGUCUGUCAAUGCCAAAGUCUUAAAGGUAUGUCUUCUGAUGUUUUAGGAAUGUCCUCCUAAUGGAUGGGAUUAUCAUCAGAAUACUGUUGCAAGUGGAAGAAAGAAUAUUGUCCUGAUGCUUUUUUCCCAUUGAUUUCAUGUUCCAGGAUGUCAAGUUCCCGCUGAUGCUGGAUGUGUAUGAGCUGUGUACCUCAGCUCUGCAGGAGAAGAUGGUGGCCGUUAGGUCAAAGUUCAAGGAGAUUGAGGACAAGAACCUGGAGAAACAGACGCAGAAGGUAGAAAUAUAAAAUAAUUUAUUGACUUGUCUACUUUGUCUCUUGCAAUUCAGCUUUGAACUGCAAAUGUAUACUCUUCAAAAUAAACCUAAACCUCCAAUAAAUAUAUUUCUCAGUGUUGUUCCCUGACCAAACAAAGUAACUCAGUGUGAACGAACAUACGUGUAGCUUAUAUAAUUCCUUUUGUGCAUCAAACAGGUGGAGAAGAAAGUGGAAGACAAGCCGAAAGAAGUGAAAUAUGAGCCCUUUUCAUUCGAUGAUGGUUGGUUACUUUACAUCAUAUGGAUUUGUGGCCUGCCUCUACAAAUAAAGCAUCAGUCAGUCAUUCACACACACGUGUAAGGGAUAGGUUGGUACACACUGUAACUUCAAAUCAAAUUUGAUUUGUCACAUGCGCCGAAUACAACAGGUGUAGACCUUACAGUGAAAUGCUUACUUACAAGCCCUUAACCAACAAUGCAGUUUUAAGAAAAAUAAGUGUUAAGUAAAAACAUUUACAAAAUAAAAAUAAAGAAACAACAAAUAAUUAAAGAGCAGCAGUAAAAUAACAGUAGCGAGGCUGUAUACAGGGGGUACCGGUACAUGUCAAUGUGCGGGGGCACAGGUUAGUCGAGGUAAUAUGUACAUGUAGGUAGAGUUAAAGUGACUAUGCAUAGAUAAUAAACAGAGAGUAGCAGCAGCGUAUAGUCCGGGUAGCCAUUUGAUUAGCUGUUCAGGAGUCUUAUGGCUUGGGGGUAGAAGCUGUUAAGAAGCCUUUUGGACCUAGACUUGGCGCUCUGGUACUGCUUGCCGUGCGGUAGCAGAGAGAACAGUCUAUGACUAGGGUGGCUGGAGUCUUUGACAAUUCUUAGGGCCUUCCUCUGACACUGCCUGGUAUAGAGGCCCCAGUGAUGUACUGGGCCAUACGCACUACCCUCUGUAGUGCCUUGCGGUCGAAGGCAGAGCAGUUGCCAUACCAGGCAGUGAUGCAACCAGUCAGGAUGCUCUCGAUGGUGCAGCUGUAAAACUUUUUGAAGAUCUGAGGACCCAUGACAAAUCUUUUCAGUCUCCUGAGGGGGAAUAGGCUUUGUCGUGCCCUCUUCACGACUGUCUUGGUGUGUUGGACCAUGAUAGUUUGUUGGUGAUGUGGACACCAAGGAACUUGAAGCUCUCAACCUGCUCCACUACAGCCCUGUAGAUGAGAAUGGGUGCGUGCUCGGUCCUCCUUUUCCUGUAGUCCACAAUAAUCUCCUUUGUCUUGAUCACGUUGAGGGAGAGGUUGUUAUCCUGGCACCACACGGCCAGGUCUCUGACCUCCUCCCUAUAGGCUGUCUCAUCAUUGUUGGUGAUCAGGCCUACCACUGUUGUGUCGUCAGCAAAGUUAAUGAUGGUGUUGGAGUCGUGCCUGGCCAUGCAGUCAUGGGUGAACAGGGAGUACAGGAGGGGACGGAGCACGCACCCCUGAGGGGCCCCCGUGUUGAGGAUCAGCGUGGCAGAUGUUGUUACCUAUCUUUACCACCUGGGGGCGACCCGUCAGGAAGUCCAGGAUCCAGUUGCAGAGGGAGUUGUUUAGUCCCAGGGUCCUUAACUUAGUGAUGAGCUUUGACGGCACAAUGGUGUUAAACGCUGAGCUGUAGUCAAUGAAUAGCAUUCUCACGUAGGUGUUCCUUUUGUCCAGGUGGGAAAGGGCAGUGUGAAGUGCAAUAGAGAUUACAUGAUCUGUGGAUCUGUUGGGGCGGUAUGCAAAUUGGAGUGGGUCUAGGGUUUCUGGGAUAAUGGUGUUGAUGUGAGCCAUGACCAGCCUUUCAAAGCACUUCAUGGCUACAGACGUGAGUGCCAUGGGUCUGUAGUCAUUUAGGCAGGUUACCUUAGUGUUCUUGGGCACAGUGACUACGGUGGUCUGCUUGAAACAUGUUGGUAUUACAGACGCAAUCAGGGACAGGUUGAAAAUGUCAGUGAAGACACUUGCAGUUUGUCAGCGCGUGCUCAGAGUACACGUCCUGGUAAAGGUCUUACUCACAUCGGCUACGGAGAGCGUGAUCACACAGUCGUCCGGAACAGCUGAUGCUCUCAUGCAUGCUUCAGUGUUGCUUGCCUCGAAGCGACCGUAGAAGGUAUUUAGCUCUUCUGGUAGGUUUGUGUCACUGGGCAGCUCGCGGCUGUGCUUCCCUUCCCUUAAGGAAUAUGUUUCUAAGCGUGUGCCUGUCUAUUCCCUGCAGACCUGGGCUCUAACAACAGUGGUUACUACGACCUGCAGGGAGUGCUGACACACCAGGGCAGAUCCAGCUCCUCCGGACACUACGUCGCCUGGGUCAAGAGGAAAGAAGGUAACCUCGAUAGCAUUAAGAAAAGAGUCUCUGCACACAGUAAUUUAAUGUGAAACUUUUCGGUCACAGUAGACCUUCAUCAAAGCAUACAGUCAAACAAUGAGAAUCUGUAUAAGAGGCCAGUCAGUCAGUGCAAUUAACAUGAUUAAUAAAUGUCAAUCUGCUCUUUUAAAGGGAUAGUUCAUCCAAAUUACAAAAUGAUAUGUUGGUUUCCUUACCCUGUAAGUAGUCUAUGGAUAAGGUAUGACAGCAAUCCAUGCAUUGUUUUAGUUUCCCUCUCAACGUUUUAGCAUUUCUGUCACUAAUUCCAUUCACAGGGUGUCCGCGAGUCCUUAAGUCUUACAUUAAUUUAUCUGAUUUAAAGGCCUUAAGUCUUAAAAUGUCUUACAUUCUGUUUUCAAAGGUCUUAAAAAAUGUGACGGAGAUGACUACAGUGUUAGUUAUAUUGUGCCGCUGCUUAAUUGUUGCCACCAUGGCAAUUAAAAAAAAAAUUGAACAUGAAAUAAUACUCUAAGCCACUUUCAAGAUGUUAGAGCUAUCCAAAUGUGCGCCUGUGUGUGCACGUCAUGUGCGCAUGCCAGUGCGAGUCGGGCCGUUGCCAGAGAAGAGUGGAGAGAGCAAGGUAACCUAUACAAUUUGAUAGACAACAACACUCACUAGAGCUGGGAUGAUAAGCUGAAAAUUAUCGACACCGACAUUGCCCUCUUAAACAAUUUUACUUAUGUCAGUAAUUUCGGUGAUUAGGCUACACAAUAUUCCUGCAGCUUUUUUGGGUUCUAAAACCAUUCUUUUGUCAACAAUAAUGUGCACUAACCUGCUUCCUGCAAUGAAAGUAUCUGCCCCAUAUUUCACUGAUGGCUCUCACUCCCGCUCCCCCCUUUGCACACGGAGAGAAGGGAGAGAUGCAUUCUGAUGAGAGCAAGCAUAGUUCACUGACUAAGGAUGUGACAAAUGUAAAACAUUUCUUAAUGUUUAAACUGCCAUAAAAAAGUGUUUAAACUGUAAAAAAUCAUAAAAAGACGAACUCACAAUUCCGAUAUGGUCCAGCAAUGCAGUUCAAUCUACCGCAGUCCUGGCUACCUACCAGACGGCGCUCGCCUUACUGCUGUCCACCACCCACUCAACAACAAUUGUAGUUAAUGCCUUUGUGUUUUGAGUUCCCACUUCCUCAGGUGGUAAAUAGUGGUACAUACAGUGAGGGAAAAAAGUAUUUGAUCCCCUGCUGAUUUUGUACGUUUGCCCACUGACAAAGAAAUUAUCAGUCUAUAAUUUUAAUGGUAGGUUUAUUUGAACAGUGAGAGACAGAAUAACAACAACAAAAAUCCAGAAAAACGCAUGUCAAAAAUGUUAUAAAUUGAUUUGCAUUUUAAUGAGGGAAAUAAGUAUUCGACCCCCUCUCAAUCAAGAAGAUUUCUGGCUCCCAGGUGUCUUUUAUACAGGUAACGAGCUGAGAUUAGGAGCACACUCUUAAAGGGAGUGCUCCUAAUCUCAGCUUGUUACCUGUAUAAAAGACACCUGUCCACAGAAGCAAUCAAUCAAUCAGAUUCCAAACUCUCCACCAUGGCCAAGACCAAAUAGCUCUCCAAGGAUGUCAGGGACAAGAUUGUAGACCUACACAAGGCUGGAAUGGGCUACAAGACCAUCGCCAAGCAGCUUGGUGAGAAGGUGACAACAGUUGGUGCGAUUAUUCGCAAAUGGAAGAAACACAAAAGAACUGUCAAUCUGCCUGGGGCUCCAUGCAAGAUCUCACCUCGUGGAGUUGCAAUGAUCAUGGGAACGGUGAGGAAUCAGCCCAGAACUACACGGGAGGAUCUUGUCAAUGAUCUCAAGGCAGCUGGGACCAUAGUCACCAAGAAAACAAUUGGUAACACACUACGCCAUGAAGGACUGAAAUCCUGCAGCGCCCGCAAGGUCCCCCUGCUCAAGAAAGCACAUAUACAUGCCCGUCUGAAGUUUGCCAAUGAACAUCUGAAUGAUUCAGAGGAGAACUGGGUGAAAGUGUUGUAGUCAGAUGAGACUAAAAUGGAGCUCUUUGGCAUCAACUAAAUUCACCGUAUUUGGAGGAGGAGGAAUGCUGCCUAUGGAGGUGGAAACAUUAUGCCUUGGUUGUGUUUUUCUGCUAAGGGGACAGGACAACUUCACCGCAUCAAAGGGACGAUGGACGGGGCCAUGUACCGUCAAAUCUUGGGUGAGAACCUCCUUCCCUCAGCCAGGGCAUUGAAAAUGGGUCAUGGAUGGGUAUUCCAGCAUGACAAUGACCCAAAACACACGGCCAAGGCAACAAAGGAGUGGCUCAAGAAGAAGCACAUUAAGGUCCUGGAGUGGCCUAGCCAGUCUCCAGACCUUAAUCCCAUAGAAAAUCUGUGGAGGGAGCUGAAGGUUCGAGUUGCCAAACGUCAGCCUCGAAACCUUAAUGACUUGGAGAAGAUCUGCAAAGAGGAGUGGGACAAAAUCCCUCCUGAGAUGUGUGCAAACCUGGUGGCCAACUACAAGAAACGUCUGACCUCUGUGAUUGCCAACAAGGGUUUUGCCACCAAGUACUAAGUAAUGUUUUGCAGAGGGGUCAAAUGCUUAUUUCCCUCAUUAAAAUGCAAAUCAGUUUAUAACAUUUUUAACAUGCGUUUUUGACUUUAGAAUGAGAUGUUCGACGAGCAGGUGCCCACAUACUUUAGGUCAUGUCGUGGUCAAAAGUUUUGAGAAUGACACAAGUAUUGGUCUUCACAAAGUUUGCUGCGUCAGUGUUUUUAGAUAUUUUUGUCAGAUGUUACUAUGGUAUACUGAAGUAUAAUUACAAGCAUUCCAUAAGUGUCAAAGGCUGUUAUUGACAAUUACAUUAAGUUUAUGCAAUGAGUCAAUAUUUGCAGCGUUGACCCUUCUUUUUGAAGACCUCUGCAAUCCGCCCUGGCAUGCUGUCAAUUAACUUCUGGGCCACAUCCUGACUGAUGGCAGCCCAUUCUUGCAUAAUCAAUGCUUGGAGUUUGUCAGAAUUUGUGGGGUUUUGUUUGUCCACCCGCCUCUUGAGGAUUGACCACAAGUUCUCAAUGGGAUUAAGGUCUGGGGAGUUUCCUGGCCGUGGACCCAAAAUUACGAAUGUUGUUCCCCGAGCCACUUAGUUAUCACUUCUGCCUUAUGGCAAGGUGCUCCAUCAUGCUGGAAAAGGCAUUGUUCGUCACCAAACUGUUCUUGGAUGGUUGGGAGAAGUUGCUCUCGGAGGAUGUGUUGGUACCAUUCUUUAUUCAUGGCUGUGUUCUUAGGCAAAAUUGUGAGUGAGCCCACUCCCUUGGCUGAGAAGCAACCCCAUAUAUGAAUGGUCUCAGGAUGCUUUACUGUUGGCAUGACACAGGACUGAUGGUUGCGCUAACCUUGUCUUCUCCGGACAAGCUUUUUUCCGGAUGCCCCAAACAAUUGGAAAGGGGAUUCAUCAGAGAAAAUGACUUUACCCCAGUCCUCAGCAGUCCAAUCCCUGUACCCUUUGCAGAAUAUCAGUCUGUCCCUGAUGUUUUUCCUGGAGAGAAGUGGCUUCCUCACUGCCCUUCUUGACACCAGGCCAUCCUCCAAAAGUCUUUGCCUCACUGUGCUUGCAGAUGCACUCACACCUGCCUGCUGCCAUUCCUGAGCAAGCUCUGCACUGGUGGUGCCCCGAUCCCGCAGCUGAAUCAAUUUUAGGAGACAGUCCUGGUGCUUGCUGGACUUUCUUGGGCACCCUGAAGCCUUCUUCACAACAAUUGAACCUCUCUCCUUGAAGUUCUUAAUGAUCCGAUAAAUGGUUGAUUUAGGUGCAAUCUUACUAGCAGCAAUAUCCUUGCCUGUGAAGCCCUUUUUGUGCAAAGCAAUGAUGACGGCACGUGUUUCCUUGCAGGUAACUAACAGAGGAAGAACAAUGAUUUCAAGCACCACCCUCCUUUUAAAGCUUCCAGUCUGUUAUUCUAACUCAAUCAGCAUGACCGUGAUCUCCAACCUUGUCCUCGUCAACACUCACCUGUGUUAACGAGAGAAUCACUGACAUGAUGUCAGCUGGUCCUUUUGUGGCAGGGCUGAAAUGCAGUGGAAAUGUUUUUUUGGGAUUAAGUUCAUUUUCAUGGCAAAGAGGGGCUUUGCAAUUAAUUGCAAUUCAUCUGAUCACUCUUCAUAACAUUCUGGAGUAUAUGCAAAUUGCCAUCAUAAAAACUGAGGCAGUAGACUUUGUGAAAAUUAAUAUUUGUGUCAUUCUCAAAACUUCUGACCACGACUGUAUGUGACUUUGUCGGGGCUUCACAAUCUAUUUGAGAUACUUUUGGAUGAUUUGUGCAUGAUGCAUGAAAAAUGCUAAUAUCAGUCCAUUGACUUGAAUGGGAUUCAUGCCACAGACUAAAAUGUUAGCAUGUGGAAACAGUGCCAGGGAAACUAAACCAAAGCGUGGAUUGCUGUCAUGCCUUGUCUAUAGACUGCUUACAGGGUAAGGAAACCAACGUGUCAAUUUGUAAUUCGGGUGAACUAUCUCUUUUAAAGGCAUAGUUCACCUCAGUCAGUUCAACAUAACCAGAGGGUGUGGGAUAUGGACCCAGAGAUUUGACCACUUGUCUGAACACAUUGAUUUUGGUGAACUAUCCCUUAAACUAAGGCUCGGCGAUAUGACGUUGCCACAUAGCAGCCGGAUGAACAGCUGAUAUUGCAGAUGAGCGCAAUACAAGACGAUGCACUCAGAGUAUAUGCGUAUGUGCACGGCUACACUUCACACUGUUGCAACGUGAUGGCUGCGGGACCAAAACAGCGGAGAAGUUUAGCCUCACGUUUCGCACUCUUAUUUGUUGUGGAAGUCGGCUCGAUAUUGCUGUUUACCUUGUGCGUUGCUGACUCUAUCUGAGUAAUUCAAACGACUGUAUUAAUGUUUUAUAUUCAUGUUUUAUCGAGGUACAGGUGAAUAAUAUAACUUAUGUUUUGUAUACAUCCAUGUUUUUCCGUCAUAGAUGAGUGGGUGAAGUUUGACGACGACAAGGUGAGCGUGGUGUCUCCAGAGGAUAUACUGAGGCUGUCCGGUGGAGGAGACUGGCACAUAGCCUACGUCCUACUGUACGGACCCCGACGGCUGGAAAUACUUGAAGAGCAACAGUAACCAACCUAAACGCAAAUAAAUGAAAUCUAGCCAACCAACACACAAAUGCCAUUUCCAAGCUGUCUACUUUGCGUAGAUGUGCAAUAAAUUCUGGGUGUCUAUAAAAAUGGAUGACCUUAAUUUUUAGUUUUUGUAACUUCUUCACACAGAUGCUUGUAAACCCAUCCUGCAUCAACAUGAGUGGAGGUAGUUUAUCUAUCAAAGGAAGGUUUUUAAUUGUUUAUUAUUAUUAUAGAGAGACAGGCAAUCUCUGGACUGGAUCCUUGAGAGGUUUUGAGAGAUUUAGUUCUGCAGUUUAAUUAUAUGUUUAUACAUAUUGUAUAUUUUGUAAAGCCUUGAACAAGGUGCUUAUGUCAUAGUACUUGUCUGUAGUCAUAUCUAAUCAGCUUGUACAGAAAUAAAGUCUUUGGCCAAGCUAUAUUGUUUCAAGGUGUCUUUCGAGAUACCCUGGACCUUUCAUUCAUAUAACAUGUAUUGGAGACCCCCCC